UUCCGGUGAACUUCCUGGUUUUGUUUGCAUAGCGGCUAACUUUGCUAGCUAUGUCAUUUCCAACUAUUUAAAACGCUCUUUGUAUGUCCGUGACUCAAACUGUGUUGGAAACGUUAAAACGCACUCUGUCGUUGACAAGACCUGCAAUGGCUUGCUCUUAGUCAUGCAAGUAACAUUAGUUGAAAUGUAGUAACUGUUAGCUAACGGCUAACUUGACAGCUAAUGUAGCUAGGAUAGGAAUAGGAUAUGCUGUUAGGAAGUUAGCCAGCCAGCCAACACGGAUUAUGUUUCUGCUUAUUCGUCUGUUAUGCUUCUACUUGUUUUAAAUAACUUCUGCGCUAUGGACACCGAGGGAAUAGAGAUCCGUAUAAAGACUCCCGUCGGGGAUAUGGACUCGUCCGUGGACUGCCCAUCACUUUUGAGCUUCAAUGACUUGUUGGUCGCUAUAAGGGAUGUCAUGCCCGAAACCACAAUCACUGCGUUUGAAUAUGAGGAUGAGGUGGGCGAUAGAAUCACUGUGAGGAGUGAUGAAGAACUCAAAGCCAUGUUGUCAUAUGUGAGUAUUGUUCUCUUCAACAUUACACUUUGUUGGACUCCCAUACCCCCAGUUUACCUGACUAGACUCCCAUACCCCCAGUUUACCUGACUAGACUCCCAUACCCCCAGUUUACCGGACUAGACUCCCAUACCCCCAGUUUACCGGACUAGACUCCCAUACCCCCAGUUUACCGGACUAGACUCCCAUACCCCCAGUUUACCGGACUAGACUCCCAUACCCCCAG